AUGCUCAAAAGAAAGCAGAGUUCCAGGGUGGAAGCCCAGCCGGUUACUGACUUUGGUCCUGAUGAAUCUCUAUCAGACAAUGCUGACAUACUCUGGAUUAAUAAGCCAUGGGUGCACUCUCUGCUACGUAUCUGUGCCAUCAUCAGCGUCAUCUCAGUGUGCAUGAACACACCUAUGACCUUCGAGCACUAUCCUCCUCUUCAGUAUGUGACCUUCACCUUGGAUACUUUAUUGAUGUUCCUCUAUACCGCAGAGAUGAUAGCAAAGAUGCACAUACGGGGAAUUGUCAAGGGUGAUAGCUCCUAUGUGAAGGAUCGCUGGUGUGUUUUUGAUGGAUUCAUGGUCUUUUGUCUUUGGGUUUCCCUCGUGUUACAGGUGUUUGAAAUAGCUGACAUAGUUGAUCAGAUGUCACCUUGGGGCAUGCUGCGGAUCCCACGGCCACUCAUUAUGAUCCGAGCUUUCAGGAUUUAUUUCCGAUUUGAACUGCCAAGGACAAGAAUUACAAACAUUUUAAAGCGGUCAGGAGAACAGAUAUGGAGUGUUUCAAUUUUCCUACUUUUCUUCCUUCUUCUGUAUGGGAUUUUAGGAGUUCAAAUGUUUGGAACAUUUACCUACCACUGUGUAGUCAAUGAUACAAAGCCAGGAAAUGUAACCUGGAAUAGCUUAGCUAUCCCAGAUACACACUGCUCCCCAGAGCUAGAAGAAGGCUAUCAGUGCCCCCCAGGAUUUAAAUGCAUGGACUUGGAAGACCUGGGACUUAGCAGGCAAGAGCUGGGCUACAGUGGCUUUAAUGAGAUAGGUACGAGUAUAUUCACAGUCUAUGAGGCUUCAUCUCAGGAAGGCUGGGUAUUCCUUAUGUACAGAGCAAUUGACAGUUUCCCCCGCUGGCGCUCCUACUUCUACUUCAUCACACUGAUUUUCUUCCUUGCUUGGCUUGUCAAGAAUGUGUUUAUUGCUGUCAUCAUUGAGACAUUUGCAGAAAUCAGAGUACAAUUUCAACAGAUGUGGGGAACUCGAAGCAGCACAACUUCUACGGCCACCACACAGAUGUUUCAUGAAGAUGCUGCUGGUGGUUGGCAACUGGUAGCUGUGGAUGUCAACAAGCCCCAGGGGCGUGCCCCAGCUUGCCUACAGAAAAUGAUGCGGUCAUCGGUUUUCCACAUGUUUAUACUAAGCAUGGUGACUGUGGAUGUAAUAGUUGCUGCCAGCAAUUACUACAAGGGAGAGAACUUCAGAAGGCAGUAUGAUGAAUUCUACCUUGCAGAGGUGGCUUUUACAGUCCUUUUCGACCUGGAAGCACUUCUGAAGAUAUGGUGCUUGGGAUUUACUGGCUAUAUCAGCUCAUCUCUCCACAAGUUUGAACUAUUGCUUGUUAUUGGGACGACUCUCCAUGUGUACCCAGAUCUUUAUCAUUCUCAGUUCACAUACUUCCAGGUUCUGCGGGUAGUCCGGCUUAUUAAGAUUUCCCCAGCAUUGGAAGACUUUGUGUACAAGAUAUUUGGUCCCGGGAAAAAACUUGGAAGCUUAGUGGUGUUCACUGCCAGCCUCCUGAUAGUUAUGUCAGCCAUCAGUUUGCAGAUGUUCUGCUUCGUUGAAGAACUGGACAGAUUCACCACGUUUCCAAGGGCAUUUAUGUCUAUGUUCCAGAUCCUCACCCAGGAAGGAUGGGUGGAUGUGAUGGAUCAGACUCUGAAUGCUGUGGGGCAUAUGUGGGCUCCACUGGUUGCCAUCUAUUUCAUCCUCUAUCAUCUCUUUGCAACUCUGAUCCUCCUGAGUUUGUUUGUUGCUGUUAUUUUGGACAACUUAGAACUUGAUGAAGAUCUAAAGAAGCUCAAACAAUUAAAGCAAAGUGAAGCAAACGCGGAUACCAAAGAAAAACUCCCUUUGCGCUUGAGAAUCUUCGAAAAAUUCCCAAACAGACCGCAAAUGGUGAAAAUCUCAAAACUUCCUUCAGAUUUUACAGUUCCUAAGAUCAGGGAGAGCUUCAUGAAGCAGUUCAUUGACCGCCAGCAACAGGACACCUGCUGUCUUUUCAGAAUCCUCCCCUCUACGACCUCCUCGUCUGACAACCCCAAGAAGCCCACAGCUGAAGACAACAAAUACAUUGAUCAAAAACUCCGCAAGUCUGUUUUCAGCAUAAGGGCGAGGAACUUACUGGAAAAGGAGACUGCAGUCACAAAAAUCUUAAGAGCUUGCACUAGACAGCGCAUGCUGAGCGGAUCAUUCGAGGGGCAGCCAGCAAAGGAGAGGUCGAUCCUCAGCGUGCAGCAUCACAUCCGCCAGGAGCGCAGGUCACUAAGACAUGGAUCCAACAGCCAGAGGAUCAGCAGGGGCAAAUCUCUGGAAACUUUAACUCAAGAUCAUUCAAAUACAGUGCGCUACAGAAAUGCACAAAGAGAAGACAGUGAAAUAAAGAUGAUUCAGGAGAAGAAGGAGCAAGCGGAGAUGAAAAGGAAGGUGCAAGAAGAGGAGCUGCGAGAGAACCACCCGUACUUUGACAAACCUCUCUUCAUCGUGGGACGAGAACACAGGUUCAGAAACUUCUGCCGUGUGGUGGUUCGAGCACGCUUCAAUGCAUCCAAAACAGAUCCUGUCACAGGAGCUGUGAAAAAUACAAAGUACCACCAACUUUAUGAUUUGCUGGGACUUGUCACCUACCUGGACUGGGUCAUGAUCACUGUGACCAUCUGCUCUUGCAUUUCUAUGAUGUUCGAAUCCCCCUUCCGGAGAGUCAUGCAUGCACCCACUUUACAGAUCGCAGAAUAUGUGUUUGUGAUAUUCAUGAGCAUUGAGCUUAAUCUGAAGAUUAUGGCAGAUGGCUUGUUUUUCACUCCAACUGCUGUCAUCAGGGACUUUGGUGGCGUCAUGGACAUAUUUAUCUAUCUUGUGAGCUUGAUAUUUCUUUGUUGGAUGCCUCAAAAUGUGCCUGCUGAGUCAGGAGCCCAGCUGCUGAUGGUUCUUCGAUGCCUAAGACCUCUUCGAAUAUUCAAACUGGUUCCCCAAAUGAGGAAAGUUGUUCGAGAACUUUUCAGUGGUUUCAAGGAAAUAUUUUUGGUCUCCAUUCUGUUGUUGACAUUAAUGCUCGUUUUCGCAAGCUUUGGAGUUCAGCUCUUUGCUGGAAAGUUAGCCAAGUGCAAUGACCCCAACAUUAUCAGAAGGGAAGACUGUAAUGGCAUCUUCAGAAUUAAUGUAAGUGUGUCCAAGAACUUAAAUUUAAAACUAAGACCUGGAGAGAAAAAACCUGGAUUUUGGGUGCCCCGUGUUUGGGCAAAUCCUCGGAACUUUAACUUUGACAAUGUGGGAAAUGCCAUGCUGGCAUUGUUUGAAGUUCUGUCCUUGAAAGGUUGGGUAGAAGUGAGGGAUGUCAUUAUUCAUCGCGUGGGGCCGAUCCAUGGAAUCUAUAUUCAUGUUUUCGUAUUCCUGGGUUGCAUGAUUGGACUGACCCUUUUUGUUGGUGUAGUUAUUGCUAACUUCAAUGAAAACAAGGGGACAGCCCUGCUGACGGUAGAUCAGAGAAGAUGGGAAGAUCUCAAGAGCAGAUUGAAGAUCGCACAGCCUCUUCAUCUCCCACCUCGGCCGGAUAAUGAUGGUUUUAGAGCUAAAAUGUAUGAUAUAACGCAGCAUCCAUUUUUUAAGAGGACAAUCGCAUUGCUGGUUCUGGCCCAGUCUGUGUUGCUAUCUGUCAAGUGGGACGUUGAGGAUCCUGUGACGGUUCCUUUGGCCACAAUGUCAGUUGUCUUCACCUUCAUCUUUGUCUUAGAGGUUACAAUGAAGAUCAUAGCAAUGUCACCAGCUGGGUUCUGGCAAAGCAGAAGAAACCGAUACGAUCUCUUGGUGACAUCCCUUGGUGUUGUGUGGGUGGUGCUCCAUUUUGCUCUACUGAAUGCAUACACCUACAUGAUGGGAGCCUGUGUGAUUGUCUUUAGAUUUUUCUCCAUCUGUGGAAAGCAUGUGACACUAAAGAUGCUCCUUCUGACUGUGGUUGUCAGCAUGUACAAGAGCUUCUUUAUCAUCGUAGGAAUGUUUCUCUUGCUGCUAUGCUAUGCCUUUGCUGGAGUUGUUCUGUUUGGUACCGUAAAGUAUGGAGAGAACAUUAACAGGCAUGCCAAUUUUUCUUCAGCUGGCAAAGCCAUUACUGUAUUGUUUCGAAUUGUCACAGGGGAAGACUGGAACAAGAUUAUGCAUGAUUGUAUGGUUCAACCUCCAUUUUGUACUCCAGAUGAAUUUACAUACUGGGCAACAGACUGUGGCAAUUAUGCAGGGGCACUUAUGUACUUCUGCUCAUUCUAUGUCAUCAUCGCCUACAUCAUGCUGAAUCUGCUUGUAGCCAUAAUUGUGGAGAAUUUCUCUUUGUUUUAUUCCACUGAAGAGGACCAGCUUUUGAGUUACAAUGAUCUUCGCCAUUUUCAAAUCAUAUGGAACAUGGUAGAUGAUAAAAGAGAGGGUGUGAUCCCCACCUUCCGAGUGAAGUUCCUGCUACGGCUGCUGCGUGGGAGGCUGGAAGUGGACCUUGAUAAAGACAAGCUUCUGUUUAAGCACAUGUGCUAUGAGAUGGAGAGGCUGCACAAUGGUGGUGAUGUCACCUUUCAUGAUGUCUUGAGCAUGCUGUCUUACCGCUCUGUAGACAUCAGGAAGAGCCUGCAGCUAGAGGAGCUGCUAGCAAGGGAGCAGCUAGAGUACACCAUAGAGGAGGAGGUGGCUAAGCAGACUAUUCGCAUGUGGCUGAAGAAAUGCUUGAAACGCAUCCGGGCUAAACAACAGCAGUCAUGCAGCAUCAUCCACAGCCUGAGAGAGAGCCAGCAGCAAGAGCUGAGCAGGUUCCUGAAUCCUCCCAGCAUUGAGACCACCCAGCCAAGUGAGGACACCAAUGCCAACAGCCAGGACCACAAUAUGCAACCUGAGACAAGCAGUCAGCAGCAGCUCUUAAGCCCUACUCUGUCAGACAGAGGAGGAAGUCGACAGGAUGCAUCAGAUACCGGAAAACCGCAAAGGAAGAUUGGGCAAUGGCGUCUGCCUUCAGCUCCCAAACCAAUAAGCCAUUCUGUGUCUUCGGUUAACCUACGGUUUGGAGGAAGGACAACAAUGAAGUCUGUGGUGUGCAAGAUGAACCCCAUGCCAGACACAGCUUCCUGUGGCUCUGAAGUUAAGAAGUGGUGGACCAGACAGCUGACUGUGGAAAGUGAUGAAAGUGGAGAUGACCUCCUGGAUAUCUAGUUGUGAAGCAAGGCAUAGGGAGUCACAGGUUGAAAACUAUUGCCUAAUAGCUU